AUGGUAGUGAAUGGAAAACAUUUCAUUGCGCGUGUGAAGGAAAAGAACGUAGCGAAAACGGAAUACGAGAAAGCCAAGAACAACAGCCUAAACACAGGCCUUGUGAGUUCCACUAAAUCUCAACAGGCUUUGCGAGGAAUGGACGUGUUUGAAAUUGCAAUUAGCGCCAAAACAGUACUGCUGUGUUUCAUCUUAACUAUCAACAGUUGCUUAUAAGGCGAAAAGGAUUCUACGAAGAAACAAUCAGCAUUCGUCCAAAACAGAUUGUUCCCGUUUUAAAUGUUAAUGUCGACAUCGAAGAACCGCAAGACUUAUCUCUCGUAGAGGUCAUGAAAAUUCGCAAAGAUCCAAGCGAUGUACUGGAGAAGGGAAAUCCAUCAGCAGUGGUGACUCAAACAUCGCCGACGUCGGCGCGUAUAACAUACAGUCCAAGUGAAACCGAACAGAGACAACAUGGAAAUGCGGGGGUUGAUGGCGAUUUCAUUAUACGGUAAGAAAUUUCGUUGUAAUUCGAUUUUAUCGAAUUCUGUAGACUUAUUACUCGUAAUCUAUUCUUAGGACCUUCCUAAUGUUAGUUUUUCCCGUUUUCUCUGAAUUCCUUCAGAAACCAAAGAUUUGACAGUUGCAGACCUAUUCAGCAAUUGAAAUCUUGUAUUGGUUUUUUUAAAACAGAAGAUGGAACUUUCAUUGAAACUGCUUCUUUAGACGACACGCUUUGCAUCGUUUCAUUCAGAAGGUUUACGAAAAAAUGAUUCAAGGAGGCGAGCAGCGCAACAAGAUCGAACAAAAUUAUGUUUUUGUACCCAAUGAAAACGAUUCAGGGCAAUUUUUUGCGGUUGCUUCAUAGAGCACAAGCAUCGUCAUUCUCUCCUCAAACCCUUUAACUCCUAAGAGUGACAAGCAUCUAAUUUCUCCAUACAAUAUAACCAAUGAAUCAAACAUAAAGGUAGCAAGAAUAAAGGAAAUGAUCACCAGCUAAAGGAACUCGCGAUGUUAAACAAAUUCUCCGGCUUGUCAGCACCUUAGAAAAUGUGUAGGGAACAGUAUGGAAAAUAUACAUACUGCAUUAUAGUUAUCAUAAUAAUUGUUACAGUUGUUUGUCAGCGACCUUUGUUUUCUUUCCUCAUGGCAGGUACAACGUUCAUCACAAAAAUAACGCCGGAGUAAUCCAAGUGCUUGACUCCUUUUUCGUUCAGUAUUUCUCUCCCAGUGGUUUAAAUCCAUUGCCAAAAAACGUGGUCUUCGUCAUCGACAUCAGCGGUUCAAUGGAAGGUCAAAAGAUUGAGCAAACGCGCCAAGCCAUGUUAGCUAUCCUCGACCAGCUUCGCGCAGACGAUUCAUUUAACAUCGUCCUAUUUAAUGGUGAUACGGUAAAGUGGAGACCUUCAACCUCGCUCGCAACUAGUGACAAUAUUCAAGCUGGUAAAAACUUUGUCGAACAAAACGUGAACGCAGGAGGUAGUACCAACAUCAACGAAGCUCUUCUUUUGGCUCUAAACCUCCUUAGAGAUAUAGCUCGUCAGGGGGAUUCGUUCGCUGCAGGCAAUUUUCCGAUUGUACUGUUUCUGACAGAUGGUGAGCCAACCGAGGGGGUUGUCGACGGUCAGCAGAUCCGUGCUAACAUUCUUAAGGCGAAUACGUUAAAAGCUUCCAUAUUUUCUCUAGGAUUUGGCUUUAACCUAAAUAUGAAUUUGCUUACUGCGCUAUCAGCUGAAAAUGGAGGUAAAGCUCGUCGAAUCUAUCUAGCUAAGGACGCUGCGAGUCAACUAGAAGGAUUUUUUGACGAGAUCAGCACGCCUCUGUUGGUGCGAGUUCGAUUCGAGUAUCCUCAGGACAUGGUAGAUAACACACAAGUCACAGCUACAGAAUUUUCUCAGUAUAACGAUGGAUCGGAGCUUGUUGUGUCUGGAAAGCUUAAGGAAGGACUCAGUGAUUCAAGGCUGAUGCCUGUUAAUAUUCGGGGUAUCUCUAGUAUCAAACCUGUCUUUUAUACUCUGACACACACUCUCCAAAACCUAACCGUCUCACCAGAUGAGGUGUUAGUCAAAGACUUUCCUGAGAGGCUGUGGGCUUACAUGAAAAUUAAGGAGCUGUUACUCGAUCUCCUGAUAACGGAAAAUUUAGAGGAAAAGGCUCGGCUGAAAUCAGAAGCGCUGAAUAUUUCAUUGAAGUACAACUUCGUUACGCCGCUCACAUCCUUCGUAGUUGUUGAGUCAGAUUCUUUUUUAAAAGAUGAGAACUCACAUGUACAAGGUGGAUCGGUUUUCAACGGUAAAGGAGUCAACUCACGCGCAUCAGCUGCAUGCAAACCUCGGUCCGUUGAGUUGUUAAUUUUUGCUAUGACCUUGUUUUUAGUGCGAUAUUCGUUCGUAAGUCUUCACUGCAUAGCAUAG